GCAGGUAUAAAGUAGGCAGGCCUCCUGCGGAAAGACAGUCAUACAUACUUUAGUGCACAAAGAUGAAGUCCUUCGCGUGUUUAUUGGUGCUCGGUGCACUCACCCACUCUGCUCUUGGUCAAGAGAACUUCAAAUGUCCGGACGACUUCGGAUUCUACCCACAUCACACCUCCUGCGACAAGUACUGGAAGUGCGACAAUAACGUCGCUGAGUUGAAGACGUGCGGUAAUGGGUUGGCUUUCGACGCCAGCGACCCCAAAUUCCUGACUGAGAACUGUGAUUACAUCCACAAUGUGGAGUGCGGGGAUAGGACGCAGCUGGAGCCACCAAUUUCCUCGCCCCAUUGCGAACGCCUCUACGGAAUUUUCGCCGAUGAGAGCAAAUGCGACGUGUUUUGGAACUGCUGGAACGGGGAAGCGUCCAGGUACCAGUGCUCCCCCGGGCUGGCCUACGACCGCGAAGCGCGCGUCUGCAUGUGGGCCGAUCAAGUUCCGGAAUGUAAAAAUGAUGAAGUAGCUGGAGGCUUCUCCUGCCCCGCCCCCGGAGAAGUGAGCAACUCCGGCACCUUCUCCCGCCACGCCCACCCAGACGACUGCCGCAAAUACUACAUCUGCCUGGAAGGAGUCCCCAGGGAGUACGGCUGCCCCAUCGGUACCGUGUUCAAGAUCGGUGACGCCGACGGUACCGGCAACUGCGAAGACCCAGAAGACGUCCAGGGAUGCGAGGACUACUACGGUGACUUGGACUUGAAGAGCAUCCGCAAGAGCGAAUUGUUGGCUGGCCUCCAGAGCAGCGGAUCGUCGAGACAGGCCCCGGGCAAGAGCAAGCCUAGGCCGGCCCCCGCGUCGCGCAACGCCCCAGAACCCGCCGACAAUUAAUCCAUAACCUCAUCACCCUAACCUCAAUCUAGACAGACCGUCAUUCGGUAGACUGAGAUACUCACUGUAUUAUUUAAUUAGAUAGCGUAACUUAGUGAAUCGGGUAUCUAUUUAACCGAUUGACUUUCUGUUCCUAUGUUAUAAUAGCUUAAUUUAAAAGUAAAUUAAUUGUGCGAAAUUGAUCUGUUCUUGAGACAUGUUCUAUUCUCUACACGGUACAAAAAUACUACAUAAAUUUUUUUUUAUAAAUAAAAAAACUGUUUUUUA